AUGUAUGGCCGUUCCAAGCGAUGCUUCAAGCUUGCUGCUGUGCGUGUGAUGAAGGAUCUGAAUCAUAGGUACUGGCUAAGAAGAAAAAGGAGGAAGCAGAUGCGAAUUCUGUGGAUUACUCGCAUACAGGCUGCGUGCAGAGAGUAUGGCAUGUUCCCCUACAGCCGGCUCAUCUCUGGAUUGACACGUGCCAACAUGGCUGUCGACCGCAAGAGCUUAUGCAUCUUAGCAGAGACUGAGCCAGUAAGCUUCAAAUGCGUGCUGGAUGAGGCCAAGAGGCUGCCGCACAGCAGAAGUCACGGACAUUUGCAAGCUGAUGUGGUGAAGUCUCCCGAAGCAGAAACACUUUUGAGAGCUCAGCAAUACUGGGCGAAACUGCGUCACAGGUCUUGGAGUGACUGGGAUGAGACACAGCUGCAGGCCUUCGAUCACUUGCUUGCAGCUCGAAAGUUUGGGCCACACGAACUUUUGCAUCCUCAGGAGAGCUCAGAUCAAGGCAUGUCCUGGUUGCAAGGCCUAGUAUCAGCAGAGUGGUGCUUCCUUGGUAUUGUCAUGGGAAUGCUUCUAACGAUGGAUGCUUUGCUUUUACAGAACUUGCCCGAAUCGCGACGGUCACAUGUUUGCGUGCUGCUGAUUUGGUUGGCUGUCACUCUGGCCUGCUGUGUUGAGGUAUGGGUGUGCGCUGGAGCUGACGCCGGAACAACAUGGCUUUUCGGGUACUUGAUGGAGCUGCUUUAUUCUGCAGAUCAUGUUUUUGUGAUACAACUUGUCUUCAGCAGCUUGGACACACCUCACAGACUCAUGCCAAAGGCAUUGUAUCUUGCGAUGAUUGGCAACAUGGCCUUCCGAUUUUUGGGUUUCUUGCGCGCUCCAGUCAACACCAGAUUCUUUUCUUGGGUGAUGGGUACUGGUUUGGUUUAUGCAGGAAUUUCUAGGCUUGUCUUCCAGCGGCUGGAGCACUGCCCAGAUGUUACGGAGUCAGCAAUUGUACGAUUUUUGCGCCUUCUCCUUGGUGAACGAUUGGGUGAAUUCUAUGAUGAGGAGGGCGAGGCCAUCCUGGUAGAUGUCAAGGGCAAGUACCGCAUAAGCCUUUUGGGAGUGGCCUUGCUUUGCCUUUUUGCAGUAAACUUUCUUCUCAGCUUUGACGUUGUGCUGGCAAAAUCGGAAGCUUCUGAUGACGUCUUUCUGAACUUCAGCUCUUCGAUCCUGGCCUUGUUUGCCAUCCGCUCCUUAUUCUUUGUGGUCAGGGACUUCUUCACACUUUCGACUGUUACUCGUUCAACUUUGGCACUUGUCUUGCUCCUGAUGGGGUUGGAAAUGCUGACGGGGCCAGCAGUUUACGUGAAUGCCUUUGCCUCCUGUGUUGUAUUUGCCAGCAUGUUGGCUCUUUCUGUUGGCGUUUCAACUUUGCAGCAGUCUCAUGCAAAGUUGCCUUUUUCAGCCCUACAUUGA